AAACAAGCUCUAUUCAAUAGGGUCCUCAAUUUACUUGGAAAAAGUGCGUGCAUUUGUGCCAUGGUACUUAUUAAUACAACGCUAUUGGCCUUGCUACCAUAAACGUGGGAUAGCAGCCAACUCUGGAUUCAAUCAUCAUGGAGAAACUGGAAUUCCAAUCUUUUACCAAGUUAUAUCUAUCGCGAGUCAGGACGACCCAAGGGUCAAGCGGCCAAGAAUCGUCAUGAAUGCAACUUCAACUUCCAGCAUGUCACCUACCUAAACAUGUCACUUGCCACUUACCCUAGCCGGGCGAGCCCAACAAAAGACGCAAAGGGGUAUCAACGCAGCUCGGGGAAAAACUUGGCCCCGAUGUUACCGAGCAACUGGACCGUCUUGGACCUAGGUUGCUGCUUGUAUGACUCUGGAUUCCCCGAAAUAUGCCCUUUAUCCACUGUUGGUCAAAACGAGCUCAAUGUUGCUGGCAAGGAUGACGCGCCAUGUUCUUAUCGAAAGGGAGUGGGCGCCGAAUUAUUGGGUUCGUAUGUGUCCCCAUCCCAUCCCUCAAAGAACGAAGACCGAUCUAAACAAAGGUUGAAAGGCUGGUCCUCUGGUGUCAACCGCGAGCCACUAAACAGCAAGGAAGAGGCGUCGCCUCGCCUCGUACCCCCAUGCUAUGGGGGCAAGGGCAUGUGCUCUAAACGGCCCCAAUUGUCAUAUGAAAGGGCUGCGGGCGCUGAUCACCAAAGCCCUCUUUUUGCCUUCUCCGGCCAAAACCCCAAGGGGUACAAGAUGAUGGAAGGGUUCCAAAGUCGUGCUUCUGAGCCCAAUAAUUCGGCUCUUUCGGAUUGGAUCCCCGUCGCUGCUUGUCAACCAUGGGCUGCAGCAGGCUAUCCUGUUCUGCUGGCCUUGAAAUGCAUGCUAGUCGCCUUCGCAGCCAAUAACAAAGGCCACGACGGCCACUGGCGCGAGAAGCUAGAAGAGGAGGACACCUUGCUUCGCAAAGAGAUCAACAACUUGCCCCUCUCGGGGCGUUGAGAGCUGGAAAGCUGGCCGGCAGACUUACAUUAGGUAACCUCUGAGAUGCAUCCUUGCCUUGGCAACCGACCUGUUGACCCGCAGUCACAUGGCUGGAUGCGCUGCCUGAUGUGGGCUCGAUCAACGCUAUUCUUUCAAGUUGAGAGUCUCGUGAGAAGAUG